UUCAGGAAACGGCCAAAAAUACACAUUCAUUUUUAAUUGGGAAAUGUCGCAGUUACCUUUUUAAUGGUUAUUGAAAUGGAAUAUCUCUAACCAUCCCUGCCAAGAUGAGGCUGAAAUUGGCUUUGACGUUUCUGGGAGUACUUCUGAUAUGGCCGGUGAUGGGUGGAAGGAGGGGGUGCGGGGGUACGUUCACUGCAGCUAGAGGAAUCAUCAAUACUCCAAAUUUUCCAGGACCUUUCGAUGUGCCCAUCAACUGCGAGUGGGUCAUCGACGCUCAACUCCUCACUUCCUCCAACACCUCCAUAGUGGUCUACCUGACACAGCUCUUCGUCUUCGAAGGCCUGACCUUCACCGAAUACCAGCUCUACGGUAGCGAUUACAAGAUCAACGCUAGGCUCAUCCACCGCGUCAACGAGACCAAUAUCAGCAGGGUGAGGUGGGUCCAGACAUUUCAGUCAUUCUUGGUAAUACGGCUGAAGCUGCCCUCGGCCGACAGCGCCCAUCUGAGGGUGCUGGACAGGUUCCUGGACGUGUUCGGGUUCAAUAUCACCUACGAAAUAACCACGGGAACCGUCAGGCCUAAUCCCUGCACCAUGAUGGACUGUGGGUUCACUGGGAUCUGCUACGACCACUAUACGAAAUUUAGCUGCGAGUGUUUCCAUGGAUAUUCGGGUCCUAACUGCUCAGAUGGGCCGCAGUCCUACUGCUAUUCCAAUGGCGUCAGCAUCUGUAAAAAUAAUGCAACGUGCUUGCACGUUGGUGUGUCAGCAGUGAAGUGUUACUGUCCAAAAGGAUUUACUGGGAACAUGUGCGAAAUUCCUGUAACAAUUUCGUCGGCUAAAGAAUGCUCCACGUGCAGGAUGGCCUGCCCCUUCGACGGCCGGCUGGAGAGCGCGUGCAAGUGCCCAGGGAGGAGCAACGCGAGCGAUCCGCAAGUUGGAGAUCGUACGGGAUUCACCACCACGAUGCACUUCGCCAAUUUGCCAAACUUAGAUGAAGAGAACCUCAAAACAUACAUCCAAAAGCAGUUGCUCAGGAACCUCCAGAUGAACUUCUCCAGGGUGGAGGAUGUGUCCGUCAUUAACGUUGUGCACUUCAUGUCUGGGGCCGACGUAACGUUCCACGUGUUCGGAUUGAAGAAGGACGAGAAGAGGAUCCGAUCCAUCCUGAACAAAUGGGCGGACAGGGGCUACAUCGGCAACAUUACUAUUUCCGAAAAGGAUACGUCGCUCAGGACGCUGCUGUCUCUCCAGAGCCUGGCCAUAAAUCAACAGGGCGUGAUUCGGGAGCGCGACGAGUUUAUCCUGAGCUGCGUGGCCAGGGGAUCGCCCACCAUGACAUUCCGCUGGUUCAAGGACGGCGUCUUCGUCAACGUCACAUCAACCAGCAAUAUUAGCAUUCAUUCUGAAAAGUAUGGUGAUAGUGAGGAUGAGGACCAGGAUUAUACAAGCUCUAAUAGCUCUAUAAGAAUAAGGUAUUACCUGAAACAAAUGAAGGAUUUGAGGCAAAAUGUUUCACUUGAAAAGAGCCUGGCCAUAAAUCAACAGGGCGUGAUUCGGGAGCGCGACGAGUUUAUCCUGAGCUGCGUGGCCAGAGGAUCGCCCACCAUGACAUUCCGCUGGUUCAAGGACGGCGUCUUCGUCAACGUCACAUCAACCAGCCGCAAGUGGAUAAAGCUUAUCAAAGAUCCCCACAUCGCCGACCAGUACACGGCCCUGUUGGCGGUCCAGAGCGCCCACGGCUACGACGAGGGUACCUUCACCUGCCAAGUGGAAGACUUCAACAUACAACAGUGUCUCUCCAAGCAGGUCAAAGUGGGCCGCCGGCCCUUUGUCAGGGUCGAACCGAUGAGUCUCACCGUCAGAAAGGGGGAAAACUUCACCAUCAAGUGUGUAACUUUAGAGGAAAGUGGAGGGGUGGGUGGCAAGUACACUUACAGCUGGACUAAAAACAAGGAAUUGUUGCCCGUAAGGACCGAUUUGGAGAAAUACGAGGUGCUGUACCCCUACGGUACCAUUCUCCAGGUGUUCAGCGCCGAGAAAGACGUGCAAUAUUCCUGCCUCGUCCAGGACGAGACCACCUCCUCGGAACAAGGCGUGCCUGUCUACGUGGUGGACAGGGAGGGCGUCUACACCUGUCCCGCGGAAAAAUUCCUGGGUAUGUUUUGGCCCGAAACGGCGCCCGACACCAACAGCAUUUUGGACUGCCCCAAGGGAUACUCCGGUGCGGCCAAGCGGUACUGCUCCUUGAGGGACGGCCGGAAACCGGCGUGGACGUUGCCCAGCUUCUCGGAGUGCACGCAUCGCGACCUGGAGCACGCCUUCAUAAAGUUUAAAGAGCUUACCCUGGGCUACACCAUCACAACACCGGAAGACGUCUUGCAGAGUUUUCUAAACUAUUUAACGAAAAAUAAAUCUCGCAUCUCGCUGCCAGGUGAAGGAGCCCGAAUAUUAUCCCUGACCCGAGAAGUCGUGUUGUAUUUAAAGGAAACUAAAGCCCUACACAGGCCUAUAAACAACAUCACGGAUUCGGUCCUCGGCAUUGUAGAUCGCAUUCUCUUGUCUCACAACUCGCUGACGAAACCAUCGGAAGUAAGAUCGCUGUUGGACCUAAUAAGCGAGCACCUCACAACGACCGCUUCCGCUCUUAUCGCCCGAAAUGGCACCGAAACGUACCACAUCAACCGCAACACCGUCGAUCUGACCAUCCUUAACAUAACCUACAGCUCAGACGAUUACUUCCACAUACCCAGCCACACGCCAGACGUUCAAAAGGAGUAUAAAAAUUGGAUCAACGUACAAUUUUCUGGGACUAACAACAUAAUAUCGCCCAUACACAAGCCUAGGAUCAUAGCCGGGAUAAUAUUUAGGAACUUAUCCUUGUUCCUACCACCGAGGUCGUUUCUAAGAAUUAAAGACGGGUCCGAGCUGGAGUACGAAUUGCACUCCCAGAUCGUAUCUGUACUGCCGUUGCCGGAAAACUUCGAUAUCUACCCGAUAGCCAUCGAUUUCAAACACGAGUUGAGCAACAACUUGAACUGGAGCAACGAAGACGCCUGGAGCGUGAAGUGCGCCUACGCCGACCCCUCCACCUUCACCUACACGUGGGACAUCUACAGCUGCUACACCGAGACCCUAAACGACAUGAAAACUAGAUGUAUGUGUCCCAAAGCGGGGAUAUUCGCUCUCCUGUUGACGAUGACCCCGCCUAAGCCCGUAAGUGAAGAAAAUAACCCUCGUCGUUACAUCUUGAUAAUCGGUUGUUCCCUGUGUAUGUUACUUGCUCUGUUCACGACGGCUUGCCUCGCCACUUCUUGUUGGAUGGCGAGGAGGUCUUGUCUGGUCGCUCUCAAGUUGCAGUGUUCCGUUUCCGUGUUCGUGAUCGGGCUGCUGUUCACGCUGGCCGCUGUUACUGGACCGCCACAGAACUAUUUCAUGAUGUUUAUAACCACCUUGGAAGCCUUCUUUCUAUUGGGCAUGUCCAGCCACCUCAGCAAACUCCUCGUGGUAUUCACGGAACUAAUACAGCUACCCAAACCGAUGGCCUCGAAAUACACCGUUAUAGGUAUAAUUUCAGGUGUCACCAUCAUCACCGUCUUCGGAAGCCACUUGGCUUACAGGACGAUGGACAUCAAACUGCAGUCUUGGUGGAUGGUGAAGGAGACGCUGGCUUUUAAUAUUUUCGUUGCCGUCACGGCCGUUAUAUCGGUCCUGUUCGUUUUCAUCUACGUUACAGUCAUGAAGAAGCUGAGGGAACUGAUGAGCGUACACGAGAAACACGCCAAACCGAUAAAGAAAAGGGUGGCUCUGAUAAAACGUUCCGGGUACUUGUUUGGGACGGUGACUCUCUUGUCGGUCAGCAGCAUAAUUUAUAUAAAUAAUCCCGAUAAAAUGUGGAGCAUCUACCAGUUCAGUAUAUACAACGCAACGGUGGGCCUGAUCCUAUUGGUUUGCUACAUUAUACGGUCCGAGACCAAGUUUCGGAAUAUGUUUGUCAGCAAACCGAGAACGACGAGCGACGACAAAUUUUUUAGCAUCGAUUCGACGAGUAGCCCUUUAAAUUAUAAUGAAUCGUUAGUUAAAUUUCUGACGAAGCAAGACGCCGAGGUGGAAAACGAAUGCGGACCGCACACGAAACCCGACUGCCAACAGUUCACGUUACGUGGAAGCGAGUUCCCAAAACCGGCCGCCGUCAGCAAAUCCCAGAGCAUCACAGCCACCUUCGAGAGCUGCCUCCACACCAGCACCAGCUUCUGCGACAGCCACAAGGAAGGCACCUCCACGCCGCGGAGGGACAAGUCCCAACCGCCCCUCGAGCACUACAGCAGCAGCCCCCAGACGUUCAGGAAGUACCCGAACGUCACCGCCUGCUCGCAUUCCCCCGACAUCUUGGCCACGAAGGUGUGCGUCGAGUUGGACCUGGUAGCGUCGAGCCUGCAGAGCAGCGGCAAGCUUCAUCCGAUCGCGACGAACGAACCACCCAGAAGAAUCGUGUACCCUCCGAAGGUGGUGAUCACGCCCGACGACGCCAUAGCGAAGAUUCUCGAAUCGGAAACGGUCGUGGUGCAAUCGGACCACGAACGCACCCAACCGGACGGCCACGAUGAGAGCGUCACCGUAGAGAAGGCUGUGAAGACGUUAGACGAGGGCAUUAAAACGAUCGAGGAGGAGGGGGAUGAGGAAGCGACGACAGUCACGCCUCCCGGUAAUGGAGACAAGUUGGACGGGAUGUUAGACAGUAUAUGCCACGACUUGGAUUACUUGUUGAACCGAAGCGGCGAAGUAGAGGCGGUGGCCACGUCUUCGCUUAGGAGGGUGUCAAAACCGCCCGGUGCCAGCGUGAAACAUAGGAUACCGGAAGAGUUGUUGAAGGACGAGACCGUUAACAUACCCGAGAGUAUUACUUUGAGGACUAACUGUUGAGUUGCUUAAAGGUAUUUUUUGUGUAACCGUUACAGGGAGGAUUGAUUGAAUUUAAAAUGUUUACUUUGGUAAUUGUUUACAAGGUGCUGGUAAAAUGAUGUGCAGCUGUGGACAAUAAAAUGUUUCCAAUCUAAAUCAGUGAAAUGUUGAAAGUUUGAUAAUUAAGCGACUUUAUGAUCUUAAGUUUUAGGGAAUUUUGUCACCAGCGAAAAAAUUUAAGAAAACAAUUACUCUUGUGACAAGAUCAAUCAACGGUUAUUUUUAUGAAAAUAGUUCUGCUUAAGCAAAAGCCUCACACAUGGUGGGGUCAAGGUAGCUUAAAAUUACGCAUUAU